AUGAUAUCCCCGCAGUCCACGAUGCAGCGUCAAUCUCAGCCGCCGCCGCAUACCGCCGACCUGCAUGGGCAUUCCCCGUCGCCGUCCAUAAAACGGCAGCAGCACACAACAGCUGCUGCCCCUACUACUCUUACUACUGCUGCUGCUGCUGCUACUACUACCGCUACCACUACCAUUACCACUACCCCACUGUCAUCAACCACGACGCCUUCUGCCGUCCCCGUGGCGAGGCCCACUCUUCCGGACACGGACGUGACGGCCGAGACGAUCGAGGAUGCCUACAUUAGCUUUAUCUUGUACUGCAACCCCGCCGUGCCGCCCGAGACGGACGCCGCUGCUCUGCGGGAGGCAUUUCGCGUCCCUCCCAAGAGCGGCGGCAAGACAUUCAGCACUUUUACUCUCUUUUUGCUCAUCAAGCAGCUUGAGACCAAGGAGAUUAAGACCUGGGCCGAAUUGGCUCUGAAGUUGGGCGUCGAGCCACCGGAUCAGGACAAGGGGCAGAGUUCUCAGAAGAUCCAGCAGUAUGCUGUCCGGCUCAAGCGCUGGAUGCAUUCUAUGCACGUGGAUGUCUUUUUUGAGUAUCUGAUGGACCGCCCUCAUCCGUACUGGACCAAGAUCCCCAGUGACCCGAACCCAGUGUGUGAAGCGGGAAGGGACGGCGUCUUGGCGGAGGACGACAUGGCUCUCCGCGCGCUGUUGCCGCAAAUUCGGCCCAGGCGUGGUAGGAAACGCCCAGAUGAAGAUGAUUUCGCCAAGUCUCCCUCACAACGAGCGAGGUUGGACUCGCCGCCGACCGGGAAUGGGUAUGGCCCGAGCCAAGGAGAGACUCUUGGACCGUGGUCCGCCCACCCCGAUGGCCGGGCUUCGUUCGGCUGCUCCGACCCUUCGAGACUGAGCAUCAGUUCGGGACCGGCAUCAGGAUGGCCGCCGGCUCAUGACACGGCGCAGACGCCUCUCACAGCAUACCCGCAAGGCCCAAUGUCGGCGCUGACACCGUCAACAGGCAAUGAUGGCUUCUGGGGCGAUACCGAACCCAGGUCAGCAAUCACGCAGUCACGACCCAAGGCCCCUCACCGGCGACACGGCGCUAAGGCUGUGUCUUCCGCCUGGAGGAGCGGUGGCCCGGGAGGCAGCGGCAAAACACGCGGCAGGCCCCCGAUGAACAAGACCAAUGUCGACGGUCCAUUUGUGGCGUUUCCGGUCGACGAACCGGCUUCGAAAAGAAAAGGCUCCGAUACCACGAGCAUCAUGGGGCCGAUCACACCCCCGACAUCAUUAUCCAACAGCGUGCCGCCGGCUGUGCGCCCCGACAUCGCCCACUUGCCCCAGACGCAACGGCCGGCUAAGCCCAACAUCUCACUCCAAGUCCCAGAACGAUUGGGCGGCUCUGUCCGUCUCGCGACACCACCUCCGCCUGUCGUCCUGGUCAACGGGGACCCCGCGGGCCGAUCACCUGGUCCAACGAAUCUGACCACGUCCGCACCGCCGGUGGAAUUACCAAGCAACAAUCAUAGCAACGCGCCACCGACCGCAACACCAUUUGCGGACCUGCACGCGCAGACUGCCCAAAAUCCACUGCCCACCGCGCAACGCCGCGGCGUCCCCAUCUUGUCGAACGAUAUUCCUAUAGGCAUGUUCGAAAACAUGGAGGACCGCACCAAUAUCGACGCGGUGCUGGGCUACUUUGCGCACGAGACGGCGAACGGCGACUGGGUGGACGCGCAUGAUAACCCGAUCGGCAAGUGCAGCAUCGCGGAGGCGUACGCGCUCGUGCACACGACGGUGGAGCGCAUGUGGCAGACGGCGCCAAACCACGAUGCGUUUCUCGUCAACCUCGCAGCGCUGGCUGGCGGGCGGGCGUUGAUGACGACGAGCAAGCUGCGGAUCAAGCGGGAGGAGGAGCACGGGGACCGCGCAACAUAUAGCUGCAGCUGGCAGUUCCGGCUGGGUACGAUCCGCGGGAACUACAACAUGGUGCAGACGGUCAUGUACAACCGGUGGAAGCGGCCCGAGGAGAAGACGGAGAAGCCGAACAUGAAAGGGACGGCCGAGGCCGAGUCGGAGUGGGAGAGGAAGUACCGGGAUCUGUUGGCGUUGUCGGAGAAGAGGGACAAGGAGAUACAGGCGCUCCGGGCCGGGAUCACGGCGAAGCUGAACCAAUCGUUUGAUAACUUUAAGGAUAUCGAGAAAUGA